AUGGCUCAUCGCUCGACCGUUACAGAGCUGCCGUGGGAGCGAGCCGCCGCUGACGACCCGCGCUACGCGUCGUGGGCGCGCGGGGACUCGUCGGCCGGGCCGUGGCGCAAACUGGAGCCCGGCGCCCUGGAGCUGAUGAGGCGAGCACUGGUCGCGGCGCCGGCGCGGCGAGCCAACCUCGAGCAGCUGAGGGAGGAGCCGUGGAGCGCGCGGGACGAGCGGCGGGAGGCGGCGCGCGGUGAGUGA